AUGCCUGAACCUUCCGCCGAUUCCCCUUCUUCCGCCCUCAAACCCUCUUCUUCCGCCUCGCCUUCCGCCUCCGCCUCCGCCUCCGCAUGCGCCCCCGCGCCUGCUCCCCCUGCGCGGAACGGUCUCGUUCUCCCCGGGCGCGCCUCUCUAGACACUCUUCAGGCCUCCCCCGCUCCCCCGCUCGCGCUGGCCAACCCCCGCCGAGUCUUCGCGCGGAGAAGCGCGAGCAGCGGGGAAAACCCCCCGGGGCUGUCCCUGAUCAACCGCCGAACCGCAGCUGCAGGCUCGGGGCGAGGCUUGGCGAGCAGGCGCGAGGUGCCGGGGCUGAACAGGCCUGGGAGGGGGCCGGGGGGGUUUAAACUAGAUAUGGGCGCGCUUCAGCGGAGCAGGGGGGAGCGGGAUUUCGCGCGGGAGGCGCAGGAGGCGCAGGCUAGGCGGGAUAAAUUCGCGUUUUUCGAGAAGGACUGUAGCAGAGUCUUGGAGCAUGUAUAUGUGGGGAGCGACUUUGUAGCGAGAAGCAGGGAGGUUCUUAAGGAGGCUGGGAUCACGCACGUGCUGAACUGCGUGGGGUUUGUGUGCCCCGAGUAUUUUCCCGAAGAGAUUAACUACAAGACGCUCUGGCUGCAGGACAACACGGGCGAGGACCUGGUGUGCGCCUUAUACGACGUGUUUGAUUACAUUGAAGAGGACAACACGGGCGAGGACCUGGUGUGCGUGUUAUACGACGUGUUUGAUUACAUCGAGGCCGUGAGGGAAGGUGACUGCCAACACUGCACACCCCGCACCUCUCCCUUCCCCCUAUCAGGACAACACGGGCGAGGACCUGGUGGAACUUCCUUGGGAAACGUGUUCGAGAGAGUCAAGGCGCUGAGAGCUGUAGCCAACCCCAACAUGGGGUUCACAUUCAUGCGCCCCUCCACCGCUCUCAACCCCCUCCCACCCCUUCCGACCCUCCUCCCCUCCCCCACAGGGCAUUCCCUUUGGACACGCGUUCAAGAGAGUGAAGGCGCUGAGAGCCGUGGCCAGCCCGAACAUGGGGUUCGCCUGCCAGCUGCUGCUGCUCCUGCUGCCACCGCUCUCAACCCCCUCCCACCCUCCCCUCCCCACAGGGCAUUCCCUUUGGACACGCGUUCAAGAGUGAAGGCGCUGAGAGCCGUGGCCAACCCGAACAUGGGGUUCGCCUGCCAGGUGCUGCUGCUCCUGCUGCCACGGCUCUCAACCCCCUCCCACCCUCCCCUCCCCACAGGGCAUUCCCUUUGGAGACGCGCUCAAGAGAGUGAAGGCGCUGAGAGCCGUGGCCAACCCGAACAUGGGGGCAUUCCCUUUGGAGACGCGCUCAAGAGAGUGAAGGCGCUGAGAGCCGUGGCCAACCCGAACAUGGGGUUCGCCUGCCAGCUGCUGCUGCCACCGCUCUCAACCCCCUCCCACUCUCCCCUCCCCACAGGGCAUUCCCUUUGGAGACGUGCUCAAGAGAGUGAAGGCGCUGAGAGCCGUGGCCAACCCGAACAUGGGGGCAUUCCCUUUGGAGACGCGCUCAAGAGAGUGAAGGCGCUGAGAGCCGUGGCCAACCCGAACAUGGGGUUCGCCUGCCAGCUGCUGCUGCUCCUGCUGCCACCACUCUCAACCCCCUCCCACCCUCCCCUCCCCACAGGGCAUUCCCUUUGGAGACGCGCUCAAGAGAGUGAAGGCGCUGAGAGCCGUGGCCAACCCGAACAUGGGGUUCGCCUGCCAGCUGCUGCUGCCACCGCUCUCAACCCCCUCCCACCCUCCCCUCCCCACAGGGCAUUCCCUUUGGAGACACGCGCUCAAGAGAGUGAAGGAGCUGAGAGCGGUGGCCAACCCGAACACGGGGGCAUUCCCUUUGGAGACGCGCUCAAGAGAGUGAAGGCGCUGAGAGCCGUGGCCAACCCGAACAUGGGGUUCGCCUGCCAGCUGCUGCUGCUCCUGCUGCCACCGCUCUCAACCCCCUCCCACCCUCCCCUCCCCACAGGGCAUUCCCUUUGGACACGCGCUCAAGAGAGUGAAGGCGCUGAGAGCCGUUGCCAACCCGAACAUGGGGUUCGCCUGCCAGCUGCUGCUGCUCCCCCUGCCACCGCUCUCAACCCCCUCCCAACAACACGACACCUGGGAACUUCCUUGGGAAACGUGUUCGAGAGAGUCAAGGCGCUGAGAGCUGUAGCCAACCCCAACAUGGGGUUCACAAUCAUGCGCCCCUCCACCGCUCUCAACCCCCUCCCACCCCUUCCGACCCUCCUCCCCUCCCCCACAGGGCAUUCCCUUUGGACACGCGUUCAAGAGAGUGAAGGCGCUGAGAGCCGUGGCCAGCCCGAACAUGGGGUUCGCCUGCCAGCUGCUGCUGCUCCUGCUGCCACCGCUCUCAACCCCCUCCCACCCUCCCCUCCCCACAGGGCAUUCCCUUUGGACACGCGUUCAAGAGUGAAGGCGCUGAGAGCCGUGGCCAACCCGAACAUGGGGUUCGCCUGCCAGGUGCUGCUGCUCCUGCUGCCACGGCUCUCAACCCCCUCCCACCCUCCCCUCCCCACAGGGCAUUCCCUUUGGAGACGCGCUCAAGAGAGUGAAGGCGCUGAGAGCCGUGGCCAACCCGAACAUGGGGGCAUUCCCUUUGGAGACGCGCUCAAGAGAGUGAAGGCGCUGAGAGCCGUGGCCAACCCGAACAUGGGGUUCGCCUGCCAGCUGCUGCUGCUCCUGCUGCCACCACUCUCAACCCCCUCCCACCCUCCCCUCCCCACAGGGCAUUCCCUUUGGAGACGCGCUCAAGAGAGUGAAGGCGCUGAGAGCCGUGGCCAACCCGAACAUGGGGGCAUUCCCUUUGGAGACGCGCUCAAGAGAGUGAAGGCGCUGAGAGCCAUGGCCAACCCAAACAUGGGGUUCGCCUGCCAGCUGCUGCUGCUCCUGCUGCCACCGCUCUCAACCCCCUCCCACCCUCCCCUCCCCACAGGGCAUUCCCUUUGGAGACGCGCUCAAGAGAGUGAAGGCGCUGAGAGCCGUGGCCAACCCAAACAUGGGGGCAUUCCCUUUGGAGACGCGUUCAAGAGAUUGAAGGCGCUGAGAGCCGUGGCCAACCCGAACAUGGGGUUCGCCUGCCAGCUGCUGCUGCUCCUGCUGCCACCGCUCUCAACCCCCUCCCACCCUCCCCUCCCCACAGGGCAUUCCCUUUGGAGACGUGUUCAAGAGAGUGAAGGCGCUGAGAGCCGUGGCCAACCCAAACAUGGGGGCAUUCCCUUUGGAGACGCGUUCAAGAGAUUGAAGGCGCUGAGAGCCGUGGCCAACCCGAACAUGGGGUUCGCCUGCCAGCUGCUGCUGCUCCUGCUGCCACCGCUCUCAACCCCCUCCCACCCUCCCCUCCCCACAGGGCAUUCCCUUUGGAGACGUGCUCAAGAGAGUGAAGGCGCUGAGAGCCGUGGCCAACCCAAACAUGGGGGCAUUCCCUUUGGAGACGUGCUCAAGAGAGUGAAGGCGCUGAGAGCCGUGGCCAACCCGAACAUGGGGUUCGCCUGCCAGCUGCUGCUGCUCCUGCUGCCACCGCUCUCAACCCCCUCCCACCCUCCCCUCCCCACAGGGCAUUCCCUUUGGAGACGCGCUCAAGAGAGUGAAGGCGCUGAGAGCCGUGGCCAACCCGAACAUGGGGGCAUUCCCUUUGGAGACGCGUUCAAGCGGGUGAAGGCGCUGAGGGCUGUAGCCAACCCCAACAUGGGGUUCGCCUGCCAGCUGCUGCAGUGGCAGACUCGCAUCCUCCCCGCCUCCGCCCUGGAUCCGCCCCCCACGCCUCAACCUUCUGCUCGUCCCCCUGCUGCUCCUGCUCCUGAUGCUUCUGAUGCGUCUGCUGCUUCCGCUACUUGUGGCGCCGGUGGUGCUGCUGAGGCAGAAGCAGCAGCAGCAGCAGCAGCAGCAGCAUCAGGAGGAAAAUUGCUGGCAGCGAGGGCCACAGGUGGUGGUGAUGACACAGCAGGGCAGGGAGCAGCAGCAGCAGCAGCAGCACUGCAUGUACCGCAACAGCCAGCACAGCCGUCAGUAGCAGAACCAGCACUGACAUCAGGGGCGGCCAUGGAAUCAGGGGUGGCAGAGGCGUCAGGGGCGGCGGGCAGCUGUCACAUGUACCGCAUGGCGCCGCACUCGCCUUACGACGCUCUGCACUUGGUGCCAAAAAUCACCGCCCUCUCCCGCCACUCCCUGGACCCACGAGGGGCCUUCAUUGUGCAGAUACGGACAAAAGUGUACUGUUGGCGGGGCAGGGAGUGCUACCCGCUCAUGGCCAAGCAGGCCCUCGCAGCUGCCGCCCAGAUCAUCAAGUACGAACGCCUGGGGGAGGUGGCAUCUGCAGGCUGGGAGGUGGCAUCUGCAGGCGGGGAGGUGGCAUCUGCAGGCAGGGAAGUGGCAUCUGCUGGUGGUGGGGAGGUGGUAUCUGCAGGAGGGGAGGUGGCAUUUGGGGAAGGUGGGUCCUGUGAGCAGGGAUUGCAGCAGCCCUAG